AUGGGAACCCUCAGCCCUACCGCGACCGACCGCGUUUUUCCAAUCCGCAGUGUCGUAUCUGUCGAUCCCCACCCCACGCCCACCCAGCGCGGCCAGCCCGAUUACUUCCACCAGCAUGCUCGGCCCUACGAAGGGCGCGUACCAGCUGACGGGCGUCGACAAUCGCAGAGCUCAACCGCUUCGCAGACGUCCCAACCCUCUCAACGGGGUCCUCCACCUACCCAACCCACUUCCAGACAGACCUCUGCGAAUAGAGGAUCCGCGAGCGCAACCCGAAAUGAGACGUCACGGAAGCUGCCACCGCCGUUGCCCGCGCAACUGUUCAAUGAUUUCGGUUCCGAGAGCGCUCAUGGCAACAGCAUGAGUCGUUCCCCGUCGCUGAAGCCUGAGCAUCCCCACUCUGCUGACGCAGCAUCGAUCAGGAGUGCUGUCAGCAGUUUAGGAGACAUGGGCAAUCUGGUCACACACCGCUUCAAACAUGUUGUUACCGAAGGUGGCCAUGCAGUCAUAACAGGCCGGGACGGAGCCACACUACAGCGAUGCGAAGAUGAGCCAAUACACAUCCCCGGCGCCGUCCAAGGUUUUGGACUUUUAAUAGCGCUGCAGGAAGACCCUGGGGGUAGUGGCAGUCUUCCUGUGCGCAUAGUCAGCGAGAAUGCCAAGCGGAUUCUUGGACGGUCACCGCAAGAGCUCUUCGCGCUGGAAAGUUUCACCGACAUAUUAUCUGAAGAACAGGCAGAUAACCUGCUGGAUCACAUCGACUUUAUCAAGGACGAAGAUGCAGACGUGCAAACCAAUGGACCAGAAGUCUUUACCCUCUCCAUCAAGUUUCCGAAUGCCAGACGCUCGCGCAAACUGUGGUGCGCAAUGCACAUUAACGAUACCAACCCAGGUUUGAUAAUCUGCGAGUUCGAGCUCGAAGACGACGAUGUCUAUCCCCUGGUCCCAUCGAACGAAAUGACUCCCGAGCUUCCAGAAGAUACGCUGCAGAGCAACCCCACUGCUGAGGAGUUUCAAGAAAGCACCGAAACCGGAAGUCGCCCAUUGAGAGUACUACGCAGUGCUCGAAAGCGCAAGGGAGAAGCAGCCGCCAUGGAGGUUUUUAAUAUUAUGUCGCAAGUCCAGGAACAGCUCGCUGCAGCUCCCAGUCUAGAAAAAUUCCUAAAGGUACUGGUUGGCGUAGUUAAGGAGCUUACAGGGUUUCAUCGCGUCAUGAUAUAUCAGUUCGAUCAGUCCUUCAACGGUCGGGUCGUAACCGAACUCGUAGAUCCUCGAGCCACGAAGGAUCUCUACAAGGGCCUCAGUUUUCCAGCAUCCGACAUUCCCAAACAGGCUAGGGAGCUGUAUAAGAUCAAUAAGGUUCGUAUGCUGUAUGAUCGCGAUCUCGAAACCGCCCGCCUCGUCUGCCGUAGUGCAGAAGAUCUGGAGACUCCUCUCGAUCUUACUCAUUCAUAUCUUCGUGCAAUGUCGCCGAUCCACCUGAAAUACCUCGCCAAUAUGGCGGUCCGGUCUUCGAUGUCCAUCUCAAUCAACGCUUUCGGCGAGCUGUGGGGUUUGAUAGCUUGCCAUUCGUACGGGGGUCGCGGCAUGCGCGUUUCGUUUCCGAUCCGAAAAAUGUGUCGCCUUGUGGGUGAUUCGGCAUCGCGCAACAUUGAGCGACUUUCGUAUGCGUCGCGAUUACAAGCGAGAAAACUGAUAAACACUGUUCCUACGCAGCACAAUCCUUCUGGCUAUAUCAUUGCCUCCUCCGAUGAUCUUUUAAAGCUAUUCGAUGCGGACUUCGGACUGUUGUCUAUUAGGGACGAGACCAAGAUUCUGGGUCACCUUGAUAACUCUCAGGAAGCUCUAGCAUUACUGGAGUAUUUUCGAAUGCGGAGGAUCUCGUCCGUAUUAACGUCGACGGAUGUCAGCCAAGAUUUUCCCGAUCUCCGCUAUGCCCCAGGAUUCCAGGUCAUCGCAGGGAUGUUGAUCGUGCCGCUUUCUGUGGGAGGAACUGAUUUUAUCGUUUUCUUCAGAAAAGGCCAGCUUAGAGAGGUCAAGUGGGCAGGAAAUCCAUACGAAAAGUUCAUCAAGGCGGGCACAGAAGGAUACCUAGAACCCCGAAAGAGCUUCAAGACGUGGUCGGAAACCGUCGUCGGAAAAUGCCGAGAUUGGACUGAAGAAGAAGUGGAAACCGCCGCUGUGCUGUGUCUUGUGUACGGAAAGUUCAUUGAAGUUUGGCGUCAAAAAGAGGCUGCGCUGCAAAGCAGCCAACUAACAAGAUUGUUGUUGGCGAACUCUGCGCACGAGGUUCGAACGCCUUUGAAUGCGAUUAUCAACUACCUGGAAAUCGCUCUAGAAGGCUCACUGGACUCAGAAACCAGAGAGAAUCUCUCCCGGUCACAUUCAGCUUCCAAGUCUUUGAUCUACGUUAUCAACGAUCUGCUUGAUCUCACCAAAACUGAAGAAGGCGGUCCACUGAUCAAAGGCGAGUCGUUCGACCUCAGAGCCACACUCACCGAGGCCACCAACAUGUUUGUCGGAGAUGCAAAGCGCAAGAACAUUUCAUACGAUGUCGUGGAGCAUCCUGGGCUGCCUCAGCACUGUAUAGGAGACCAGCGACGAGUGCGCCAGGCGAUUUCAAAUAUCACUGCAAACGCCAUACAAAAUACUACCCAAGGUGGGGUAAAGGUCGAGAUGUAUGUUGCAGCAAGACGCAGCAAUACUCAAGUGGAUGUGGAAGUGGCUGUUACCGACUCUGGAGUCGGCAUGAGCUCGAAGAAACUCGAUCAACUGUUCAACGAUCUGGAACAAGUUCAGUCUGAACCUGCGGCAAUGCUCGAAGACGCUCUCAUUCCUAGCACCGAACAAUUACUGGAACAGAGCGAGAAGACGACGCUUGGUCUUGGCCUUGCUGUUGUUGCGCGCAUUAUAAAGAACAUGGAAGGUCAAUUGCGAUUGAAAUCCGAAGAAGGAAAAGGCUCGCGUUUCGUCAUUCAAUUUCCUUUCGAGUUGCCGGAUUCUGAGCCGCAAGUGCCAGCUGUUGGGUCGUCAGAAGGGAGCAUAACUCCUCUGCCCGGCACUUCACGACCAAGGGGCGAACGUAGUGCAAGUACAAAAUCUGUGCGACCCACUCUUUCGAAACGAAACAGCAUAGACAACGCGAUAGCCUCUUCGCCGCGAAGGACCCGGUCGAGAAGCUUAGAGCAGGAUGCACAGGUUGUGAUCCCUCCUCAUCUAAGGUCCAUGGAUGUCCGGUCUCCCGGUGAAGAGCCCAUCACUUCCUCUAGAACCUCACUGAAGGCUAUCAGAAUGCCGGAUGACCUAGGUUCUCCUAUUGAUCCACGUCCCAGGUCUGGUUCAGUCCUUGGAGAAGUAUCAGACGAACCAGAGAAGAUUUCUACGGGCUCGAAAGAGCUGUCCUCCAAGCACCUGCGUGUGCUGGUUGCCGAAGACGAUCCAGUCAACAGCAGGAUUGUGCAGAAACGUCUUGAGAAACUAGGACAUGAGGUAUAUCUUACGGUCAAUGGUGAAGAAUGUGCCGGCGCAUACUGCGACAAACCACAGGACUUUGAUGUUGUUCUGAUGGAUAUGCAGAUGCCCAUCGUCGACGGUCUCACGUCCACGAAGAUGAUCAGAUCCUUCGAGAAAACCCACAAAAACAUCUACUCUCCGCGUGCUGCACUUAAUGGCAGAGUUCCGAUCAUCGCCGUUUCCGCCUCGUUGAUCGAGAAAAACCGCGAAAAGUACAUGGACGCAGGAUUUGAUGCUUGGAUCCUCAAGCCAAUUUCGUUUCCUCGAUUAAACGAGCUCAUGGCCGCCAGCGUGGAUCGAAGUAUCCGGGAGUCGUGUCUAUACCAGUCCGGCGAAUGGGAAAGAGGAGGCUGGUUUCAUUUUGAGGAGAGCAGUGCAGAUGAGGUGUCGACGGAGCCCGCGGGAGAGCCACUGAUUGAUGACCCAUCGGAAGGCAUGGGAAAAGCGAACCAAGAUUCGGAUGAUCGGCAAGCAGGCGAUGAAUCAGACCGAAUUUCCGACGAACAAAACCGACUGCUCCAUGCGCAGGAACAGGAACGCAAGAGUCUCGGCCUCGACGAUGAGGCCGCGCCGGAACACGGUGACAGUGUGUAG